ACGAAAUAAGUAUUCAUACUCGGCCCAAGCUCACAAAGACAUCGAACGUCGUCGUUACAGCUUCCUUUUCCUCAAAUAUCUGGAGAUCACAGGAUCGUAUGAUCACGACCAUUGCAGUAAGAGAUAGAAGAAUGUCUGGAAUGGGGGUAGAUGCGAGCUCGUGGGGAGCAGCGUUGGUGAGAAUAUCUCCGUACACAUUCUCCGCAAUCGGAAUCGCCAUCUCGAUCGGCGUCUCAGUCCUCGGUGCCGCCUGGGGAAUUUACAUAACGGGAAGUAGUUUGAUCGGUGCUGCCAUUGAAGCUCCUCGUAUCACUUCCAAGAAUCUCAUCAGUGUAAUCUUUUGCGAAGCUGUAGCUAUAUAUGGCGUUAUUGUUGCAAUCAUACUGCAAACCAAGUUGGAGAGUGUCCCAACUUCAAAGAUGUAUGACGCUGAGUCUCUUAGAGCUGGUUAUGCAAUCUUCGCAUCUGGAAUCAUUGUUGGAUUCGCCAACCUUGUUUGCGGGUUAUGUGUAGGAAUCAUUGGAAGCAGCUGCGCAUUGUCAGAUGCUCAGAACUCAACACUCUUUGUGAAGAUUCUUGUGAUUGAGAUCUUCGGAAGCGCUCUCGGGUUGUUUGGUGUUAUUGUUGGGAUCAUUAUGUCCGCACAAGCAACAUGGCCAACCAAAUUGAUCUCUGGUAUCUUCAUUGUUAUAUGGAUACUCUCAUUAGUGUCUAGAAGAAAAAAUCUGUGUGAGGACUCAGAAUCUUUUUUUUGGGAUUCCUGAUUUUUUUUUGUAUUGUUUAAAACUUUGUAAUAAUUGGAGAACAUCUUCUUCAUCAUGUUUGUAUUUUCUUUGUUUUUUUCUUUGAAACAAAGACAAGAGUUUGUAUAUGAUUUGUUGUUGGUUAAUUAUUGAAAUUUAAUGUUUCAUCCA